CCGAGCGACAACACAUCAACGCCGCCUUCGUUUCGAAAGGAAUAAGGAUAGCGUUCUCUCUCUCUCUCUCUCUCUCUCCAUAGUACUGCUGCGGUUGAAGCCUUGAAGGCAACGGUAGUGUGGGGCUUACGUUAUUCGAGCAACCUUAUAUAUCAUGGUCGUCUGUGUAUGGUUUUAAUUGGAGAGCUAACGUUAGUGGAUGCUUUUUGAGAUGGAUGUCAGCCAUUUUAGAAGUGAGUUCUUGCCAAGAACCCUGAACCCAUCUUCAGCUUACCUCCAAUUUUCUUCUCUUAGACAUUUCCACAAGUCUCCAAACCUAAAAUUCCAAUCACAGAAACGCUUUAAAAUUGUCUCAUUCUCCCAAAGCCCUAAACCAUUUAGUAAACUCCCAAGCUGUGACCACAAUCCAGCAUACACUCCCCAUGAUAAUGGUUGCACAAGAGACCUCCGGUCUUAUGCAGGUCGAAGCAAGAAGUCCGGUGGUAGCUCCUCGUCUGGUGGUCGAAUUGAAGGCAAUGCUGAGUUCAGAAGAAGGUUGAGGCACAAUGCCAGGCAAAAAAGCAAGAAAUAUGCUGAGUCUCUAUUCUACAGGCUGAAAAACCCAAGGGGAGGAGGGAAUUAUCCCAAUAACUUCUCUGAGGAUGAGCUAGAAACAAUUGGUCUUGGGUAUGAUCGAAUGGUCCGGUUCAUGGAGAAGGAUGAUCCAAAUUUACGUCACCCGUAUGAUUGGUAUAAAUAUGGUCAGUAUGGACCUUUCUCUUGGCGUGGAGUUGUUGUUGGUGAGCCAAUUCGCGGUCGGUUUACUGAUGAGUGUGUGACAAUAAUCAAAGAAGUGAAGGAUCAUGAGGAGUGGGAGGAGAUUGAGCAAUCUGAAAUGGCUGCAGAUUUUGGGGAAAAAGUGAAGCAGCUUGAUCAAAGUAAAUUAAGGUAUUUUUGGGUAUUCGUAAGGCACCCAAGGUGGAGAAUUUCAGAGCUUCCUUGGCAGCAGUGGACAUUAGUUAGUGAAGUAGUACUUGAAGCUGGUAAGCAGAGAUUAGAUAAAUGGAGCUUGAUGGGUAGACUUGGGAACAAGGCAAGGUCAUUGGUAGUGAAAUGUGCAGCAUGGAUGAGACCUGAUAUUAUAUAUGUGAAGCGGCCAGUGUUCCAGUGUAGGUUCGAACCACAGGAUAACUUUUUUAAGGCAAUAAUUCCAUUUCUUGAUCCUAGCACAGAAGAGGAUUUCCUUUUUGAGUUACAAAACGAUGAUGGUACUGUUGAGCUGUGUACUUAUUUUGGUGGGUUGUGUAAGAUUGUGAAGGUGAAUCAAAAGUCAUUUGUUGAUGAUGUAGUCAAUGCAUAUCAGAAAUUGAGUGACGAGAAAAAGUCAAAAUGUUUGGAGUUUCUGUUGACCAAUCAUCCAGUACAAUUGUUACAUCCAUAUACUAAAGAAUGGAAGGCUAAGUUGGAAGAGAUGGAGCUGGGUUGUGAUGCUCCUGAUGAAGAUGAUGAUGCUAAUGUUGGUGAUCCCGAUGAAACUGAGAUUCUAGAUUGGAUUGAGGAUGAAGGUGAUAAUGAUUCUGGCAUUACUGAUGACGAGGAGGAUGAGGAGGAGGAGCUGGUCGAUAGUGAUGAUGACGACGAAGACCAAGAUCUAGAUUUGGACAUGGAAGAGAGUGAAGAUGGUAAAUUUCAUGCCAUGGAAGACGAUACACUUAUGGAAGAGGAAGAGAAGGACUGGGGGAAGGAGUUUGAAAAUGCAACAAGUAGUGCAGAAGCAAUGGAAAAUUAUGUAAAAAGGAGUGUUGAGUUCAAUUCGAAGUUAUAUAAGAAGCAAUUGAUGACAAUGGAAGCAAAGGAAGAAACAGCACAUUCAGUAGAUGGAGAUGAAACUGCCUUGAGAGGGAAGAGAGCCAAGGUUAGUCCAGAAGAGUGGAAGUAUGUGGGUAGAGGUCCAUGGAGAAAAAGGAUUAAGAAGAGCAAACUUCCUCCAGAGCUAUUUUUGCGAGCAGCUGUUAGACCCUUCACUUACAGAAAUCUUGUCAAAGAGAUUGUUUUAACUAGGCAUGCAAUUUUGGAUGGUGAUAUUGGUAGGAAAGUUUAACAUGGUGGAGGCUAUAGUUGUGUAGGAGUCAUGUUGAUAAGUCUUCAUAUGGUUCCGCGGUAUUCAGUUCCCAUCAUAUUGUCAGACUAAGUUGAGAAAAUAGAAUAGACUUAAAUAUUUUGGUGACUUGGUCUUUUUCCCUUUUUCUUUUAUGCUUACCUAGUUGCUGAAAAAGAUUAAGUAUACUUAGUCUACGACAUCAAUUUCGGAUUGCUUGACACUAUUUGGCGGUGAUGUUCUUUAAAUUAUAAGAGCAAUUUCCUCUAUAUAUGUUACUCUUCAAUUCUGUGUGUCUCUGGUAAUUGUAACUGACGAUAAUUGAAUAGUGAUA